GCAACCAAUACAGAUGGCGGAUGGCCAGGCGAUCUUUGACCUCUGCGGCGUCCCGAGUUGCGCCAAUGAUCAGAUAGAUCUAUCUUGGAGGUUUGCGAACUGCCCCAAACUUGAACCCCCGUAUUAGCACCAUGCCAGCUCUACACUACACAACCACCCUUGUCAUCCGGCGGCUACUGGAAAUUCGCUUGAUGAACAGCCGCUCAGUCCGUGGCCCUAAUGGCACGUAUCAAACCUGAGGUAGGGUCGGGCAUGAAAUCUACCUGCUGGAGCGCUACGGCAUGGACCCACAAUAUCGAUCAUGGUCGCAAGGCUCGAGUUUCAGAUGGAGUCCAACGAGCACUGACCCAAUGAUGCCGGCCUGUUAUCCUCCUGAGACGCACAUCUCAAGCAUUGCAAGAAGCCGUUGUUUGCGAACGCUGCGCCUGCAGAGGGUAAGUAUGAAGACUGACCUUAAUAAAAAUGCCAACACCGUCUCUGAAGCAUUUGAAACCCGCGGCUGUUCAGAUCUGAAAUUGACGCCCGCAUGUUUGAGGCUCAGUUGUCGGUCUCGUUGGGCUGGAUACACACCUUCAUAAGACGGUGGUCAGGGCCGGAGGCAUCCAGGCGUUCAACAUCCUCAGUUUUGUCCAGUCCCUCAGCUCUACAAGGUCCUCGUCUCGGUCGUUUUCCCUUGUUGGGCUGCUUUUGUCUACUACAGUACACUCGUUGCGCAUGAACUGAACUUUGCAUAAUCAUAAUCCUUUCCUUUUUCUGUUUUGUGUCCGGUCAGCCUGGUUGUUGACCGCAACACUUACCCUUGGGUCGGAGGCAUCUUGUUUGGCGAGGAAUGCCCAAACAGCACACGGCACCGCGUCCGACCAAAAGACCUGCGCCAUAUAAUUUCCGCGACUCGACCAAUAUGGUGACCAAUAUGGCAGCAUGGCCACAGAACCAGCCUGGCGCCAGCAUGGCCUGGCCCGACCAUCACCUACAGUACCACCACCAGCAACCCAUGAUGCAAUCCUACAUGUCUGGGCAGGCUGUGCGGCCGCCUCAUCACUCUAUGCCCAUGCAUCAAGUGCUGCAGCCCGAGCCGGUUCCCCGACCGGGACAGAGUCUCCCGUGGACACCGGAGGAGGAUAACGCGCUUCUCGAGGCCAAGAGUCGAGACAUGUCGUGGGACGAGAUCCACACGCAGUAUUUCCCCAACAAAACGGGCAACGCGUGUCGAAAAAGACAUGAACGGCUACAACAGAAAGCACGAGGCCAUUGGGAUGAAGCCCGGAUUCAGCGCGUCGUGACCUGCUACAACAAACACCGCGAACGGUUCUGGCGCGGCGUUGGUGAACAGGUGGGGGAAAGAUGGGACGAGGUGGAAAAGAUGAUAUUGCAGCAGGGCUUUCGGAGGUUGGGGAUUGCUCGACCUCGUCAUAUCAGGAACAGGUCUCGUGCCAGCUCUGGGCAGACGGCGCCUCCGGAGUCAGAACACGUCUCAUCUUCAAAUGAUGAGUAUGAAAAUGCAGAUGAUAGUGGGAUUGGUCUGGGUCAGGCUGUUGGGCAUUGUCGGCGUGCCAGCGAGAUAGGGCUUGCAACCUUGCAACAACAGCACAGUCUCCCUGGACUGGGACACAUUCUUUCUGAUUCACCGACGGCCUACAAGACGGAUGGUGGAUAUCAGUACACCGGUUAGUUGGGGAAAGGGAGAAAAGAGGGAAUGCAUGUCUUUGGAAAAUGGGAAAUCCCCAAAUAUGUAUCAGUAGUGGCUAUUUGCUGUAUUAUCUUGGCCAGCCCUAGUAGUAGUAUACCUUCUAUAGGUAUAUAUAUUAUUUAUCAACGCGUA